AUGGGGGCAGGGGUGGGGGGCGCUGUUGACACUGUCAUCAGCAAUGUCCUAAUCAAAGUCAAUGGCUUCAAAGAAGCAGCCACGAGUGAGCCGGAGAACAAGCUUGAGGACCAUUCUACAGAAAAUCAGAUGACACAGUUUAGUAAAUGCUCUUCGCCUGCCAUGUACAGCAGCCAGGACAGCCCAUUAGACUUUUCUGUUAAGCGUCGAACCUCGUUCUCAGGGAGUUUAACGGAUGAUUCUCACACAUCGUCUAGUCCUGGUCACUCUACUGACUGCAGCUUGCGGUCUCCCUCCUCAGAUCCCAUCCCCGUCGACGACAUCGGCAGCAUCUCUAGGUGGAGGACACCUAGCUCGGAGGAUCAGAUAUCCUUUGAACAAGCUAAAGCUUUAGCUUCACCAGUUCCAUUGCCUGGUUUUCUAGGCAACUUCGGCCUUUUCCCGGGGACUUUAAUCAAUCCUGUAACACACGAAUCUGAAAUGAAUACUUUUUCACAGAUAAAUGGUGCUGUGUUAAACGAUAAAUUUCCCAGGAAAAACGGUAGCUUAUUAAAACAAUAUCAGAAUGAAGCUUUGCAGAUGCCACUAGGAUUUCUCGGUUUUGGAAGACCAGCAUCAGCUACUGUUGAGAACGGCAUUAACAUGAGCUCAUUAAUGGGUGUGAAUAGUAAAAGCAUAUUACACAUGUAUCAACAACAGCUUGAGCUGGCGAAAACAGCUGAACUAUCAGCUAGAUUCUCCAAACAGUCAUCGGUAUCAUCACCAUCAUCAUCGUCGUCUAGUGUUACCAGUGGCAACAGCCCAUCUCCAAAUUUAGGUUUAUCCUCCAGCCCAAGUGUGACCUUUCAUGCCCGGAACUCGCCAGUCCUCACGGAUACUGGCCUGACCUCCAGAACAUCCCUGCCUGCUAAUCCAAGGAAACGGGCAAGUUCUUUGCCAGAGGACCAGAAAGACGAAGCUUACUGGGAACGACGACGUAAAAAUAACGAUGCUGCAAAGAGAUCUCGUGAUGCUAGAAGAGCCAAAGAAGAAGAAAUCGCGAUAAGAGCAACAUUUCUGGAGCAGGAGAAUCUCAAACUGCGGGAAGAAGUAGCCUUGCUAAGAACAGAAACACAUAGACUGCGACACAUGCUGUAUAGCAGCUAA